AUGUUGAGUUUAUUUCUUGAACCUGGUGUUCGUUCAACUCUUAAUUUGGGGGUGCGAGCAGUGGCACAGAUGGCACACCAUUGUAUGAUAUAUAAUAAUAUUAAAUUUAGGUUACUAUGGUCUGUAGAGGGGUGUAUGUCCCCAGUGGAUUUCUCUUGCUGGACGCAGUGCCCCAACGGUGCAUUCGCUCCAACGGCUCGAAGUACAUUUUUACGCGUCUGUUUUCAUUUGAGGAUUUGUAAGGUAAUGUUGACAAAGAAGAAAAAGGACAAAAAUCAGCCGUCUAUCAAUGCAUUCUUUACUUCCAGGUCGAAGAACGAUCGAUUCAGUGCCCUGAAAAGAUUCAAAUCCGAUUUGGGGCCCCCAAAAUCGUCCCAGCAUUCUUCUCAGGAGGCCUCUACCGAAGAUGUCAUUGAUCUGUCAGAACCACAAGUUAGGCCAUCGUCCUUCCUUUCCCAAGAAAAGAGGCAGGCAUUUGAUGAAGUGCCCUCAAAUAUACUGCCUAAUUUGUCUCAGAAAACGGCUAAUAACUUCAAGAAGAUCCGCAUUCAGAAACAAGAAAACUCGGUACUAGAUAAACAAUAUGGUGCUCCGUUGAAAGCAGCCUCUGAUCAAAGAAAAUUGCCCUGGGAGGUACCACAGUUCUCUUGGAGUAGGAAAAAAGACGCUUCAAGCGGUAUUAAGAAUCCUAGAAUGGCCUCCAAAGCUAUACCAACUAUUGCAUCCAAAAUUUCACUCACAAAGGAGCAAGAAAAAGUUCUGUCGUUAGUAGUAGACGAUGGCCUCAACAUAUUCUACACCGGGAGUGCUGGAACCGGAAAGUCAGUGGUGCUAAGAGAGUUGGUUCAACGUUUGAAUAACUUGUAUGGACCGGACAAAGUUGGCGUCACUGCAUCCACUGGUCUUGCUGCCGUCAACAUUGGCGGGCAAACGAUCAACCGUUGGGCAGGAAUUGGCAUUGGAAAACAAACCCCUGUAGCAUUAGCAGGUCUAAUCAAGAAAAACGGAAACACUUAUGCGAGGUGGAGAAAUGUCAAGGUAUUAAUCAUGGAUGAAGUCAGUAUGAUUGAUGGGGUCCUUUUCAGUAAGCUCAAUGAAGUGGCCCAAAUUGUAAGGAAAAACCAAUUACCAUUUGGAGGAAUCCAGGUUGUUUUAACGGGAGAUUUUUUUCAAUUACCUCCAGUUCCGGACAAAGAUACCAAAAUGACGUACUGUUUUCAAUCAGAGUGUUGGGACUCUGUCAUCAACAAAACAAUCCUUCUAAAACAGGUUUUCAGACAGACAGACAUGGACCUGAUUGACAUGCUUAAUGCUUUGAGAGAAGGACAUGUCUAUCCCGAAAUCAUCCAACAGUUCUCCAAAUUAGGCAAGGAAGUUGUCUACACCGAUGGGAUAGAACCCACAGAGCUAUAUGCAACUCGUAAUGAAGUUGAGGCUGCAAACAAGUCCAGAUUGGCCAAAUUGGAAGGGCCAUUAGUGACAUAUACCGCUAAGGACGUGAGUGACAGGCCAGACACACCACCCUAUAUCAUGAAGUUACUAAAUGAUGUCAUGGCUCCUUCAGGUCUGCAAUUGAAAGAGGGAUGUCAGGUGAUGAUGCUUAAGAAUAAAGAUGAAGAACUGGUCAAUGGUACUUUGGGGAAAGUACAAUGUUUCAUGACCAGUGAUAUGUGGCAUUACAUUCAAACACAACUAACAACUGUUGAUCUUCUACAAGAAGAUGUCAUCAAAGAACUAAACCUUGUCAGCAAGUUCAUGAACAAUCCACAGCCAGAUGAAUCAUUAUUCAGACAAUUGGAUACAGUCUCUCCUCAUCGAAAACAAAUCAUGGAUGAGUUGAUAACAAUUGCAAGGACUAGGAGUGAUGAGGUUUUACCAUUGGUCCAGUUUGCAAUUGGCUCCAGAAGAGCACGAUUCGAACUCAUCCAGAGGGAAGAAUUUCCUAUUGACGUCAAGAACAAUAAUGUACGCAUCACCAGAAUUCAACUGCCUUUACUCUUAUCAUGGGCAUUGUCCAUUCACAAAUCUCAAGGGCAGACGCUGGAUCGAGUCAAAGUUGACCUUAGAAGAACUUUUGCCGACGGGCAAGUAUACGUUGCAUUAUCUCGAGCUGUCAGCAAGGAGAGGCUGCAAAUUGUAGGAUUCCACCCUUCUAAGAUCAGGGCAUCUGCCGUGGUCAAGGGAUUCUAUGAGAAGUUGGAGUCUGUAUAA